AUGAAUACCGGGCUUCAAGGUCCAGUACCUAUCGACAAAGAAGGUCUCUCACCACAGCAAUGCAAAAUAAUAGACUGCCUGACCGAUGUGGCAAGCCGCUACACCGAAAUCAUCAUGGCUGAUCCGGGGGGAACGUUGCAAUCUUUAUUUCAAAAGAACGUCUCCACUGCCGCUUUGUUCAUUAGUGCGGUCAAUUUUGAGUCGAAGCAGCUAAACACAAAAAUACCUUGUGGCCCUCGCGGUAUAUUUGGGCAAGCGCUGGAAGCGAUGACUCAGGAGGCUCUGGAUUUGGCGAGACGAUAUUUGCCAUGGCUGAAUAUCAACAUCAUGCAUAAUGCUCAUGUAUUAAAGAUAGAUCUCGCAGACCCGACUAAGCCGGCCCUAACCAUCGAGUCAACCCAUACUAGAGUAAGGCUCUAUAAGUCAUACGAUCUUGUCCUAAAGCCCACUGGUACAACAUGGAAAGUUCCUGUAAGCGGCGAUCUCGGAAUCAACGCAUAUACAGGUAUUCCUAAUGCAAAUAGUGUCACAAAUUAUCUCGCCCAGCGAAAUAUUUUAAAUGAGGAUGGGAUUAUUACACCUGGAAGCUCUAUAUUUAUUGGGGGGAACCUGUCUGCAUACGAUUUUAUCGGGCUAAUUUUAGCCAGGACAAAGAUCAUCAGACUACAAACCGGAGAAAAUCCCAAAAAGUUGGAGAUUGAUGAGAAUGAAGCCAAGAAAUAUCCCAAUUUGAUUAAACUGUUUAAACGUAAAGAAGGGGAGCUAUGCGCUCCGCGGCAUGCAGACGGUAUGGAUGCAAAGAUCCCAAAAGAUUUCGGUUUCAUUACACCAGAAAUGCUCUUAGCGCUUCAAAUUCAAAAGAGGGAAUAUUGCAAUCCUUAUACCAUAAUUUUCGAAUUGACUCGCAUUGUAACCGCUAUUGCUUUGAACAAAGCCCCAGGUUGUAUCGAACGAGACCUUCCGACGGAGGAACAACUCGAUCAUAUGGCUGCAGAGAACGAGAAAUUUGCGGCGAACCCAAAAGCGAUAACAGAAACCGGAAUGAUCCGCAGGUGCUUGGUCUCUUUCUAUUGCACGAUCACCACAGCCCCUAAUACGACAGAGCAACGUGCUUUACUUUCUCAGAGGUUCCCCUUACUUAUACGAGAGCCCUGGGACGCAUUUCGGUCCCUAAAUUACGAUAUCACGCCAACUGAAAACCCUUUCGCGAUUCGAUCUUCUCGAAAUUUCUGGAAUCAUAUAACAAAUUCUGCCCCAUUUGCGGUGCACCUCCUCAUCACUCGCCUAUACAGACUUGGUGUUAUUUCGUGGCUUCAAGGCGCUUAUGAGGAUAUUAAGUGGUCACCACUAGAUAUGAGAUUCAAUUUAAAUGAGGAGAGCUCCAACGGUCUAAUCGCACCCCGGGUUCUUAGCGAAAAAACUGACGUACUAAAUACGAGCCUCUUGGAACAGGCUAUGAAACCGGGUGAUGGGGAAGCUGUAUAUCAGAAAGGUCGAACUUUGCUUUCACCAUCGGGUGACACUAUCCAUGUAAUAGAGCUUGGAAUCCCUGGUCACGGUGGGACCUUCGACGGGGCACCAACUCGUAGGGUACAAUGGCUGGAUACCAAUGCUUACGAGUCAGGUCACCAAUUAAUGCCUUCCGUGGUUAGCACAGUCAGAAUCAUCGAGAGUAUGAUAUCUCUGGGUGUUCCUCGACCAUUCAAUGCGCUAAAUGGAUAUUACAAAAGCAUUCUUCCUAAACGUCAAGAUUUUAUUCGCCAGUGCAACAGGAUGAAGGGACCAUAUCAGGAACUAGUUGAGAUUUUGGAGUAUUCACGAUUGGUUGAGGCAGCGUACCCCGAGCGAUAUGCAGAGAAAAUGCGAGAAGGAACUGACGCUGAAAACCGACGACAAGUAAUCUCUGAGAUCAGAGAAAUGAGUAAUGAUCGUGGUUCCCUACAAGUAGCUCUCACAACCUAUGAUAAGCGACAUACUUCCAACAACAUAUUUGUUCCCAUCAGCCAGAGGGUUUUCGAAAAGAUAACCCCCGACUUUUCCCCGGAUCAAAUACGGAAAAUGAAGGACAUCUGGUCAAAAGAAUCCCAUCGAAUAGGGAGUGCUAUUAAAAGUCAUCAGCUUGCGCGUGCACGUGCACAGGGCAUACCGACAGGGUUACCAAGAUUUUUCGUUUCUCAGCGCUGUAUCAAGCCCACUGUCGUUGCACUAGACUUCAGGCAUGGGGUAUCGGGCUCUCAGCAAGAUGAAGGAACGAAUAACUCUGCAGAAUUAAAUAGGGAAAAGGUGUACAAGAGAAGCGAGAGGAGAAGGAGCAGAAGGAGUCUAGGAUAUAAACGGUGCGGAAAGAAGAGGCGUGUUCGACUUUAA